CAUUCUAUUAUUUUAGUCUGUUGUUUUUUUUUCCCGUUUUCGUCCAUGCCUUGUGCCCCGUUUCUUCCGGAUUCGGCUUCCUGACGAGUGGGUCAUGGAGCCAGCAGCAUAUGAAAUCUGUACAGUUGGUACCAGCCGUCGCUCAACGGGCGUCUCCUGCUUCGGUGUAGUAAUAAUAACACUUGCUGGCUUUCCUCUUUGGCCGGGGACCCACUCGGUCGCCGCCGGAGGAUCCAGACUUUCCCCAUCCGUCCCAGUCGUUUCUGUGGCAGUCGGGCCUGCAACUGACCCAACAUCAUGCCAGCGUUGUCCCAUCUGGCAGCUUAUCCCUGACUGCUGGUCGGCGUCUAGUUCUUCUCGGCGCGUGGGUUCCGGAUAUUAUGUGUGCCUUGGCGGCCCUUCCAGUCCCUCCCAGAGUCUCAGGUUCUCCAAUGCCUUGCAGAACCCCUCUAGCGCCGAGUCGGUUUUAGUGGACCCGAGCUCGCUCGGGGGUUGACUCUGGCACCAUCUCCAAUCUUCCAAGACCUCACGAGGCCAAUAGGCGCGGCGGGUUUAGUGAGCAAUCCACUGCGGCGCGAACUUCACGGAGUCCUUGUUUUGUCUAUAUAGGCUUGGCUUCGAUAGAGCACCACCGCGCCAUCACGGUCAAACCACCGCCGCCGUUUUGUGAAACUCGUGCUGUUUAGUCGGGCUUGGCAUGUCCCACUGCCUGGGAAGGCGUGAAGAUAAACUAGUCCCGCCGGAAAUUGCUUAUCUUGCCUC